AUGCCUAAAGAUAUAGACACAUUGAUGAAAUCGGAUCCACAAAAGAUGGAUUAUUUUGGAAGUUAUUGGUAUUGGAGGAUUCGCGGAGAAUCCACUCUCAUGGAUACGGAUUCUCUUCCACAAAAAUCUUACAAACAGUUGGCCAGGGACUUGGGAAUGCAAGUUGUGUCAGAACCCUCUGAACACAUGUUAGGUUUACUAGAGCUUUACGAGUAUCUAAAAACCUCUCCGUUUGUUGGUCCUUUUGGAACCAUCAAGAACCCAGUACUUGUGCCUAGCGUCAUGACCGAAAGGGUCGUCGGAUGCACAGGGGGGAGUGGAGAACACGAACACGUCCCUCUAUGGUUUAGGUGCAGAGAGGGAUUUUUAUACAGAUGUGGAGAGUGCGAUCAAAUAUUUAUGCUCGUGAGGGUUCUGUACUCUCUUCCGGACGGAGAAGAUCCCUUCCCAGCAGACCCGGAUGUGGACGACGUUUUCGAUAACGACAUUAUCGCCAAGGGCCAGUUUAAAUGGAAUACUGGAGACUAUGUCAAGUGGCCAGUAGGGAAUGCUACCUAUAAGCAGCUCUUCUUGCAAGGCAAAUGGGGAAACCCUGUACCGGAAUCCUAUGAACCGGAUACUAGAGACACCGUUGAUAUGCAACCAUUACAUAAGCACAAAAAAUAUACACAGCUUUAA